UACUUGAAAUCAAAGUAAUCUGACCCGGCUCAUUUUCUCUCUCUAUAAGUGUCUCUUCCAAGAUCUUUCGCUUUCUUCAUCUCGCUUUCUUUCCGAUUUCGAAUCUCCCGAUUUCCGUUUGGUUUUCUUUCCGAAACUUUGACAUUUUCAUAAUUGUCGGCUGAUCGAUUCUUUAAUCGAUUCGAUUCAUCGAGAUUUUGAAGAAAAUCGGAUAAAGGAUUCUGCAUGAGCUGGUUGAGAAAGCUGGGCUGCUAUUUGUUGUCCUCGAAUUCCAACCAUUUCAUUACGUGUCUCUUGGUUUUCAUCCUUCAUUACUCCCCGCAAUUACCUCCGUCAUUAUUUAAUUUUGCAAAGGAACCAACUGAGCCAUUAUUGUUAAUCAACAGAAGCAAUUAUUUUCAAAAUAUUAUUAAUCCUCUGUUAAUAGUAUCGCCUCAGCAUGGAAUCAACAAACAGGAGUAAUCGUCAAUCAAAUAGAGCUCUUUGCCAUUCGAAAGCGGAGAGGAGGCAGGCCAGGUCGCCAUCUGUUAUUGUUAUCGGCGGUGGCAUGGCUGGAGUUGCCGCGGCUCGUGCUCUCAAUGAUGCGUCAUUUAAGGUUGUCCUUUUGGAAUCUCGGGAUAGACUUGGUGGUAGAGUUCACACUGACCAUUCGUUUGGUUUUCCCAUUGACCUGGGUGCAUCAUGGCUGCAUGGAGUCUGCAACGAGAACCCACUCGCACCUGUGAUUGGGAAACUAGGGCUACCUCUAUACCGCACAAGCAAUGAUAAUUCUGUCUUAUAUGACCAUGAUUUAGAAAGCUAUGCUCUUUUUGAUAUGGAUGGGAACAAAGUUCCUCCAGAAUUAGUCACUAAGGUUGGGGAAGUUUUUGAGAUCAUUUUGGCAGAGACAGGUAAAGUAAGAGAAGAAUUCAGUGAAGACAAGUCAAUAGGACACACUAUAUCAAUUGUUUUUGAAAGGAGGCCAGAAUUAAGGUUAGAAGGGCUUGCCCAUAAGGUGCUUCAAUGGUAUUUAUGCAGAAUGGAAGGUUGGUUUGCUGCAGAUGCUGAUAGCAUCUCAGUUAAAACCUGGGAUAAGGAAAUUCUGCUCCCCGGUGGUCAUGGGCUCAUGGUUAGGGGCUAUCUUCCAGUUAUAAACAGCCUUGCCAAAGGCCUCGACAUCCGCUUAGGCUGCAGGGUUAGUAAAAUUGAUAGACGUUAUAAUGGAGUGAAGGUAACUGUAGAAGAUGGUACUACAUUUGUGUCAGAUGCUGCUAUUGUUGCCGUUCCUCUUGGUGUUUUGAAGGCCAGGGCAAUCAAGUUUGAGCCAAGGCUUCCAAACUGGAAGGAAGCAGCCAUUGAUAACCUUGGUGUGGGAAUUGAAAAUAAAAUAGUGUUGCAUUUUGAUAUGGUGUUUUGGCCAAAUGUGGAGUUCCUGGGAGUGGUUGCAGAGACAUCUUAUGGAUGCAGCUACUUCCUAAAUCUUCACAAGGCAACAGGUCAUCCUGUCCUUGUUUACAUGCCUGCUGGGCAGUUGGCCAAAGACAUUGAGAAAAUGUCUGAUGAAGCUGCUGCUAAUUUUACUUUUAUGCAACUCAAGAAGAUCCUCCCUGAUGCAUCUGUCCCGAUUAAUUAUCUUGUUUCUCACUGGGGCACAGAUGUUAACUCACUUGGCUCCUACAGCUAUGAUACAGUAGGCAACUCUGAUGAUCUGUAUGAAACACUUAGGAUUCCAGUGGACAACCUAUUCUUUGCUGGGGAGGCAACAAGUAUUAGCUUUCCAGGGUCGGUGCAUGGUGCAUACUUAACCGGACUGAUGGCUGCUGAGGACUGCCGGAUGCGUGUCCUGGAGCGGUAUGGGGAGUUAGACUUGUUCCAACCAGUCAUGGGUGAGGUGUCUCCUCUUUCGGUACCACUUUUGAUCUCUCGAAUGUGAUUCUAAAGUUUCCGGAACCCUCUCGAUCCUCUUAGAUUGAUAGUAGAUGGUUGUAGAUAUGUAAACAUGGGCUUUGGCUAACACACAAUUGCUGCAUUUAGUGUUGGUUUCCAUUGACCAAUCGUUCUAAGAAAUGGUUAACCUGUGUAGUUACCACUACGUGAGAUAUCUACAUGUAUUGUUAUUUGGACAAGAAUAAUAAAAAAUAAAAUUUGAAUUUAAAUAAAAGUGUCACUUUUGGACAA